GGGGUCUCGGAGGCCGGAGGACUCGGGUGAAGAUGGCGGCAGCCGAGGCCGCGAACUGCAUCAUGGAGGUUUCCUGUGGCCAGGCAGAAAGCAGUGAGAAGCCCAAUGCUGAGGACAUGACAUCCAAAGACUACUACUUUGACUCCUAUGCCCACUUUGGCAUCCAUGAGGAGAUGCUGAAGGAUGAAGUGCGUACCCUUACAUACCGCAACUCCAUGUUUCACAAUCGACACCUCUUCAAAGACAAGGUGGUGCUGGACGUGGGCUCGGGCACUGGCAUCCUUUGCAUGUUUGCGGCCAAGGCAGGGGCCCGCAAGGUCAUCGGGAUUGAGUGCUCCAGUAUCUCUGAUUAUGCUGUGAAGAUUGUCAAAGCCAACAAGUUAGACCACGUGGUAACCAUCAUCAAGGGCAAGGUGGAGGAAGUGGAGCUGCCUGUGGAGAAAGUGGACAUCAUCAUCAGCGAGUGGAUGGGCUACUGUCUGUUCUAUGAGUCCAUGCUCAACACGGUGCUGCAUGCCCGGGACAAGUGGCUGGCACCUGAUGGCCUCAUCUUCCCAGACCGGGCCACCCUUUAUGUCACAGCCAUUGAGGACCAACAGUAUAAAGACUACAAGAUCCACUGGUGGGAGAAUGUAUAUGGUUUUGAUAUGUCCUGCAUCAAAGACGUGGCCAUCAAGGAGCCCUUGGUGGAUGUGGUGGACCCAAAGCAGCUGGUCACUAAUGCCUGCCUCAUAAAGGAGGUGGACAUUUAUACAGUCAAGGUAGAGGACCUGACCUUCACCUCCCCCUUCUGCCUCCAAGUGAAGAGGAAUGACUACGUGCAUGCAUUGGUGGCUUACUUCAACAUCGAGUUCACCCGAUGCCACAAGAGGACCGGCUUUUCUACCAGUCCUGAGUCCCCAUGCACACACUGGAAGCAGACCGUGUUCUACAUGGAGGACUACCUAACAGUGAAGACUGGCGAGGAGAUCUUUGGCACCAUUGGCAUGAGGCCCAACGCCAAAAACAAUCGCGACCUGGACUUUACCAUCGACCUGGACUUCAAGGGACAGCUAUGUGAGCUCUCUUGCUCCACCGACUACCGGAUGCACUGAGGAGGCGCCAGGCUGGCCCUUCUGCAGAAGAGGGCUCAGGGGCUGGGCUUGGGGGAUGGGAGGGUACAUCGUGACUGUGUUUUUCAUAACUUAUGUUUUUAUAUGGUUGCGUUUACACCAAUAAAUCCUCAGCUGAC